CGAAUUGACACCCGGACUCUGGGAAAUAUAUCCAGCAUCCAUCCCGUCUCCUCUCUCUCACACGCUCCCUGUGCGAUCUCGAUCAGGAUCCUCAUCAGGUCAUUAUUUACCAAGCACACUGAGUGGAGAAAUGUUGAUCAAAUGCGCACUAGCCUUGCUGCUGCUUCUCUUCGUCUUGGGGGACGCGGUGGGAACGGAUCAUGUUGACGUCCCCGAGAAACCGGCCAGUCAGAAGGGACGUCUCUCCUUACAGAACACAGCUGAGAUCCAGCACUGUCUGGUGAGCGCAGGAGACGUGGGCUGCGGCGUCUUCGAGUGUUUCGAGAACAACUCCUGCGAAAUCCGAGGCCUUCAGGAAAUCUGCAUGACCUUCCUGCACAAUGCCGGCAAAUUCGACUCGCAGGGCAAGUCCUUCAUCAAGGAUGCACUGAAGUGCAUGGCUCACGGCUUGAGGCACAAGUUCAGCUGCAUCAGCCGAAAAUGUCCGGCCAUAAAGGAGAUGGUCUUCCAGCUGCAGCGCGAAUGCUACACGAAACACAACCUCUGUUCAGCUGCUAAAGACAACGUCAAUGUCAUGGUGGAGAUGAUACAUUUCCAAAACUUAUUUCCCAAAGGGCCGUAUGUUGAGCUGGUGAACAUCUUGCUCAGUUGUGGAGAGGAGGUGAAGGACGCUAUUACCCGGAGCGUGCGUCUGCAGUGUGAGCAGAACUGGGGCGCUCUGUGCGACAGCCUGAGCAUCUGUACGUCCAUCCCUGCGGCUCCAGCGUCAGGCGGCUUCGAGCGACGUCCGCCGCUUUCCUCGCAGUCAGACGCCGAGCACCACAAGAGCACUCGGACAGGAGACAAGGACAAACCUGGGAAGGUCGGGUUCAGCUCACACGCACGAAGUCGGAGCCAAGGCCCGCGCCGCUUCAGUGUAGAUGCAGGCCCCGCCGAACAGGAAGAGUCAAAGAUCAGCAACAUUCGGAGGUGAAACAGCAGGAUCCCCUAAACUGACCAUGACACCCCAAUCCCCGAAUUAACAGACUGCGCAGACCGCUUAAUUCAACCCAUCCACCCUCACGUCUCCACAGUCAUUCCAGCUCUCCCAAACUGUACUUUUGGCGUGGUGAAUAAAUGUGGUGCAGCCUUUUUGAUACUCUAGAUUACAAGACAGAGUGUUUAUUUUGUAGAAUUAAGUAUUUCAGUUCUAAUACAGCGUCUCUAUUUUGGCAAAUCAUAUCCACUUUAAGAUUCAAUCACCAUGUUUAUUUAUUUCAUGCUAUAUGCAACGUUUGAACAUAGAACAUGUACAUAUAAAUCUAUAUUUAUAUAAACACAUCUAAAUAUAGCCUCUAUAUUCGGUAAUACUAUAUGUAAUAUAGUGCGAAGAAUGCUAGCUGUUGUAUUAGUUAUAUUAUUGCACCAAUUACGCAUCUGACUGUAGAUAUGUAAGAUAUGUUUGUUUCAGAAAUGUGUGUGAUUGUUAUUUGAGAUACUUGAUUAAAUCCAAGCUGUACAGGAUUGAAGUCCAGAUUUAGCACAUACGACGCUCUGUGCUUCAUAGAAGGAAAAGAUCAUAAUGACAUCCAGUAACAAGCUUAUUGUGCCUUGAGAAUAUUGCAUAGAGGCUUUACCCCAAAAUGAACUUUGGAAUCCAAGCAGGUUUAUUAAAGUAAAAAAAAAAACAUCUGCCUCAAGUCUCAGUGUGAUAAAGCACCCGACAGUAUCACUUCAUUCUAAUGAAUAUGCUGCAUUUCUGUCCUUCGGUCCUUGCCAUGUGAUUGGUUGGCACCUGAUUGUUGGUUUAAGAAUAAGGAACAGUUACAGUUCUGCUAUUCAUCAGCCUAACUAACAGUAGUUACUUUGACCAAUCAUCUUCAUACAGUAAUUCACUCAGGUAUUCCAAUGAACAUGGGCUAAAUGUGAUCCACUUCGGGUUUAAACCUGGAAAACAUAUUCUCAGAUUGUUAGAAAGAAUUAAAAAUGAUCUGUGUACAACUAUUAUAUUGAAUGAUAGAUUCCAUAUUGGUACAGAUAGCAUGUGUUCUGAUUGUUUUAGAAAAAUAAAUACUAAAGCUUGUUUCUUA